CACCCCCUGCACUCCGCGGAGGAGCCGCCUCUCCUCACAGCCGCGGGAGCUAGAGAAGCCGCUGCGCCUCCCGCACCGCCCGCGCGCACGGCUGCCCGGCACCGCCAGGUUGCUACAAGCAGUAAGAACAUCGCGGUUCACAUCCUGAAUUCUUUCCUCUCAAGAAUUUGAAACAAGGGACUUCUUUCUAAAUUGGACAUGGCUAAUCGAGGAGCAACAAGACCCAAUGGGCCAAAUGCUGGGAAUAAAAUAUGCCAGUUCAAACUAGUACUUCUGGGAGAGUCUGCAGUUGGCAAAUCAAGUUUGGUGCUUCGUUUUGUAAAAGGCCAAUUUCAUGAGUUUCAAGAGAGCACCAUUGGAGCUGCUUUUCUAACCCAGACUGUGUGUCUUGAUGACACAACAGUAAAAUUUGAAAUUUGGGAUACAGCUGGUCAAGAACGAUACCACAGUUUAGCACCAAUGUACUACAGAGGAGCACAAGCAGCUAUAGUUGUAUACGACAUUACAAAUGAGGAGUCCUUUGCAAGAGCAAAAAAUUGGGUCAAAGAACUUCAGCGGCAAGCAAGUCCUAAUAUUGUAAUAGCUUUAGCAGGAAACAAAGCUGAUCUAGCUAAUAAAAGAGCUGUGGAUUUCCAGGAAGCGCAGUCUUAUGCAGAGGACAACAGUUUAUUGUUUAUGGAGACAUCGGCUAAAACAUCAAUGAAUGUAAAUGAAAUAUUCAUGGCAAUCGCUAAAAAGUUGCCAAAGAGUGAACCACAGACUGCAGGAGCCAACUCUGCCAGAGGAAGAGGCGUAGACCUUACUGAACCCACACAACCACCCAAGGCUCAAUGUUGUAGUAACUAAACCUUCAGUUGCUUUAAACUGUCUUGAAUAUUCUUCUGCUUCCUAACUGUUAAUAACAAUGGAAUUGGAGUGUUUAAUCUGGUCCAAUGCAGCUUCCAAAACAGAAGAGACUAAUGACAUAGUCAAGUUUCUAAUACAGAAUUAUUUUGUUUUUAUCUUAAUUUUUAACAUGCAUGUAUCACUGGCUGUAAUAUUUCAGCAAUAGAGGGGAAGUGGAAACUGAAUAAACUUGUUUCAGUUGAAAGGUUUUAAAAAUCACUUGCCAUUAGGGAUAUAGAAGAAUUACAUUUAUUGACCUAACCAGCUAGUCCUCAAUAUCCAGGUAUUGGUUACUGUUGUAAUUGAUAGAAUUGGGACUCUUCAAACGUUUCAAUUUGUGCUUUUAAAAAAAAAUCUUUCUAGAAACAGGGUCUACCGAUACUUUAAGCUUAUUUGCAGUAUUCAUGCAACCAGUUGUUUCUGCAAGUAUCUACCAUUUAAAUAUGCAUUCCACAUUUUCAUAAUUUAACUGCAAACAAUACUUGCAGCAUUUUAAGAAUCCUAUGCUUGCAGAAAAAUGGAUUUUAGUUGUUACACUGUAUGUAAAUUAUAGUCAGCCCAGUGGUUUAAAGAAAAUAGUGAUUAAAAAUCAAGUUUAACUCCAUAUUUAUCUGUUUAUAAAGGCACAAACCAAUGAAUUCAACUUUACAGGAUUUUUCUUCACAAACCAUAAGAGCUCUCCAAGUAAAACAAAGACAAACUAGGUGUCUGUGAUUUUUUUUGUUUGUUUUUGAUCAUUGCUGGCCAUUACACAGCUUCUUAUGUUUUUCCCCAAAGGAAAAAAAUAGUCAGUGCACUAAUAAUUAUGUACAUUCAACUUGAUUUUAAAUUUGGAUAUUAAUGUACUGUAAAUAGGGUACUGCAUUGUAGUCUACAUUUGUUUAAUACUUUCUGUAAUAUUUAAGAGUUGCUUAAAGGUAUACAAAAUGUACAGUUACUUAAAGCUAACUUUUCUCUUCCCCUAAUCUAAAGGGGUUCUGAGUUCUUCCUUUAUGGCUAGAA